AUGGUCGCGCCCUUGUCCCCGAAGCCGUCCACACCAGAAGUCCACAGCCUGUCACCACACAUACGGAAACUCCGGGAAAUCGAGGGUAAUGCUAAGCUUGCUAUUCUUAGCUGGAAUACCAGCGGUGUAGAGUUAGUCAUACCGUCAAAGCGCAAGGUUCCCGAAAUGCUAUCCGAUAGUGACGAUGAGGACAGUGACGACGAAAAGGAUCAAUCGCAAAUGCCCGCGUACGAUCCGAUCCAACAUUGCCGACCGAAGCUACCGAUCUACCACCCCGGCUUCAAACAAGCUGAAGAAGAUGCGCAAGCUAUCCUGCGCGUCUUCUUGGAAUUUUUCAAAGCCGCCAAGAACCGCGGUGUCGCUAGCGAAGACAUUACUUACCUCUGGAACGAGACCAUCAAGUACCGUGACAUUUCCUAUCAGGGGGAAACCCGCAUUGCUGUGACCGGAGACAGCGGUUCCGGAAAAUCAGCUCUGAUCAACAGUUUCCUCGGUGAGGAGCUUGUACCAGAAGGUGACGCUGGCGAGGCAGUUACGAAUGUGGUAACCGAAUUUCGGAAAAAGCCCUUGUCUAUGAACACCGGCGCAGUUCAGGCUGAAGUUCAGUUCUACUGCCUCGAAUACUGUAUUGAUAAUCUUGUGACCAAUUGGUUCACCAUUUGGUUCACUACCAGGCAGAAACUCAUUGACGACGAGGACAGUGUCGACGACAAGGAUCGAACGCUCCAAGAUGCUGCGUUGCAAUGCUUGAACCAACUCUUUGCUUCUCGCGUCGCACCCGAAAGCCUUGAGGGAUUUAUGUCGACAGGCAAGACUCUGGAGGACAACUCCGCUUUGAAGCAACUGGUACAAUGGACCGUUGAAAUCCAUCAACAGUUUGUACCCGACGGCGACUUAACUGUCCCCUUAACCUCCAGCACCCAUAACGAUAUGCGCGAACAACUUCGCGGGUUCCGCAUGAGAGAUGUUACCAACGCGCGUUACAAGGGAAAGAUACUUCGCUUCAGUACUUGGCCGUUUGUGGAGAUCAUACGCUACUACUACGACAGCCCCUUAUUGCUAGAUGGCAUAUGCUUCGGUGAUGUAGCCGGAAGCAAAGACAUUAAUAUUUUUCGUGUCACUGCUGCCAAAGCAUAUCUUCAGCAGUGUGAAAUGACAAUAGCGGUCGCUGAGAUCAAGCGCGCCACGACCGAUGGAGGCUUUCAAGAACACUACCUUGAGGCGCAUAGGAGACGACAUCAUGGUAGCGUCAUCCUAGUAGUGACUAGAACCGAUGAUCUAAACGAAGAGGGUACCAGUACUCUUCAGCUGGACGAUACCGCGGAAGAGAAAAUCGCACCUAUCGAAGAAAAGCUCAACGACUAUUCCAACGAGCUAGACAUAGUGGAAAAUCAAACAGAAACCAACAAGCUUGAGAUCAAGCGUAUCAAACUCAAGAUGAAUCAUGGCACUGCCACUGAUGGUGAACGUACUCGGUACGAUACGCUCCGUGCAGCUAACAAGAUCUCACUUGCGCGCAAGAAAGCCAUCAACCUUCUCAAGGAAUCUUUGGAGAAAGACAAGAGUACCGAGGCUAGAGUAGAGCACGUUACCAAGAUCAUCGACAAGGCUAUAAAGGAUAUCGAAACAUCAGUUCGUGCUGUUGCGAAAAGAUGCAUUCAGACAUUCCUGAAAGAACUCAUCGCUGCGAUAUCAAGUCACGAAUUGCAGAAGAAGUUUGACAGGAAUGCAAGGAAGAAGCUCGAAGAUUUGACCAAGAUGACCGCAGGCGCGUAUCACCAGAAGAAGCUGAACGUUCACCACGAUUUCAACGCUGCACUCUUGGAACCUGUAAAGUCAGCAAUCGAUGUCGCUUUCCGAAACGCCUUGGAUAAAGCACCCAUGGCGUUUAAAGCCCAGGCGGCACAGACGAUCAAGACCGGACUCAGUGAUUUGAACAAGCAGCUCAAAGACGAUCCUCAGGCUUUGGCCGGCAAAGCAUAUCAAAGCUGCUUCGCCAGUCGUCUAAUCGACCACGAAAAGAACAUCACUCUCAACGUAGAAACUGCGAGAAAGCGACUCCGCCAAGGGCUAAACACUAUUGGCCAAAAGGCCCUCAGCUCCGAAGACCAGGGCUAUAUAUACAAAGCCAUGGAGAGCAUCUACCCCGAAGCGUUUGCACAGACGGCGGGAAAAGGCCAGGUGCUCAGAAGAGUUCGCCACGCCUACCUCGAAGCUCACGUCACCAGUCUCGAAGGACCUUUUGCUGCGAUCGCCGAGCGGGUGGAGGAGGAUGCAACGAAGCUCAUCGAGAAGACCUGCGAUAGGCUGUGCGAAGAAAUUGUCAAAACCCUCAGGGAAAUUCGUACUGCAUUCCACAAGCAGAAGUACAAGAAGGAAAACAACACACCUGAGGGCCAGCGCUUCCUCAAGGAGCUGCAUGAGCUCGUUGAUGAAGCAAGGAGGAUUUUUGAAGGACCAGUGAACGAGUGUCUAAAGAAGUGCAAGGAGCAUAAGUGA